AUGAGCAAAGUACAAUGCCGGAAAUAUAGGAAACUUGGGCAUUUUGUAGCAAAAUGUAGUGCUAAAGAGUGGGAAUCUAAAGAGGAUGAAGCCAAGGUUACAAGGAAAGAGGUAGAUGAUGAAGCUACAUUCUUAAUGAUGAUUUCCAAGGAGUUUAGUGGCAAUUUAGAGGUGCUUGACAGUAGUUGCAAGUCACGGGACAACAACUGCAGGAGAAAAGAUUUGUUUGUGCAAAUCAAUCAAGUGGUGAAAAAUAAAGUGAAGUUUGCAGUUGAUUCAACUCUUACGGUCGAAGGUGUCAGUGAUGUUUUAAUCGAGAAGAAGAAUGGUGGAUAUUAUAUGAUCAAAGAUGUGUUAUAUAUUCCAUGUAUUAAAUGUAAUCUUUUGAGUAUUAGACAAUUGCUUGAGAAAGGUUACAACAUACGUUUGAAAAAUAAGAUCUUACGUGUUGUUGAUGCUAGUGGUGUGUUGAUCCUUAAAGCUCCUAUGGCUUCCAAUAGGACAUUCAAAGUUGAGUUGAAAGUAUUGGAGCAUAGGUGCUUAGAUAAAGCUGCAAGUAGAGAGGAAUAG